GAUUAAUAUUCUCUCGUUCCGAAAACUCACUCUUCUCUACCUGCAUCGCAGAAAUUGGUGUCAGAUUGUGAUCACACUCUACGGAGUUGCAUCUCAGCGUAUGUAGGUAGUCAAAGUGCCAUUGUGACCCCAUCGACCGGCGCGUGAGGUUAUAACGUUCAAUCGGUAGCGGAGUUGCGGCCCAUUACUGCUUGUGUGGGUCAGUGUUGUUGAUCACGGUGAUGAUGGCGCAGCGAACAUCCCUGAUUAUUCUGGCGGCAUUAUGCAGGCUGCAGCUGGGUGCGGCGCAGUCCUAUGGAAGCAGCUCCACCAGCUAUGGAUCCAGCUACAGUAGUCCCUCUUCCUCCUCCUCCUCCAUGUCGGCGUCGCCGGCUAGCUCCGUCUCCUAUCCUUCAAUCAAUCUGCCACUGCUCUCCGUCCCGGUGACCGUCGGCAACGCCAGCUACACCCCCACCGGCGUGGUGAGCACCGUCACCAACACCUCGACCGGCACCACCAGCGUCACCAGCACCAACUUCCUCUCCUCGCUGCCCUCGUCGGCCGUCUUCAACUAUGCCGCGCCCAAGUACCAGUACGGGGUGUACGCCAACGACUACGACGCCAGCCGCGACUACUACUACAACCACUCCAACUUCUACCCGCUGAACACCUACGUCACCCCCGUCAACGGGGUCGGUGGGGCCCUCAACCUGUCCAACGCCGUGGACGUGGCGGCCGCCGCUUGGUGGGCACCUUACCCCUACCGUCUGGCCUCGUGGGGCGACGUCACCACUUCGACCAACACAACCAACACCACCAGCAGCACGUCGGCCACCACCGUCUCCUCGGUAUCGACGGUUACCGUUCCCAAUCUGUCUGGAUUGACGGUGCUGAAUUCCAGCGUCUUCUAUGCGGCUUAUGGAGGAAGUAUCAACGGUUUGGGUCAAGCCGGCAUCGGUCUGUCCGUGCCCGGCCCCGCCCCGGCCAGCGUCGUCUCGCCCGGCCUGAACGUAGCCUAUGCCGUGCAGUCCAGCCCGGCCGGAUCCACCUCGACGGGCACCGGAACCAUGACCGGCACGUCCACCGGCACCAUGACGGGAACAUCCUACUCCUACGGCUCCUCCCCAUCGCCUUCGCCUUCCUCCGGCUACGGACGCCGGCGUCGUCAAGUGCUGCCCCUCUUCCGGUGAAUGUCAGAAAAUUUUUAUGAUCGAUCAAUCGUAUCUGCGAUGCGAUAACACAAGGUCAAGCCGAAUAACAUGUGGGAAGUAAUUUAUUUGUAAGAUUUUGGCGACUGAGCUGGCUCGGUCAGAUAUGGGUAUAGCUUGAGAUGCAAUACUGGACUUUUGAAAUGUUAAGUAAUUCAUUCUAGCUGCGUUUUUCGCUAAUGUUUUUGCAGUGUUUGUUUGCUUAUCAAGAAAAACAGAUCAUUGUAAUCAUGAACCAACUGGGAGCUGGAAUACUCGUAUAAUAUUUAUUGUGCAGUUA